CUCAAGCUUCUUCGCUUGUGACUUACUAUUUAAGUAAGGUUUUCUUUGUAGAGUUUGGAAGAAGAAAUUUUUUUAACUUCAUCAUGAUUUUUAGAUCUGCGAUCAUUCUCGCUUUAAUCUGCACAUCAUACGCUGGUUUUUCAGCCAGUGGAGGAGGUUAUGGGGGAGGUGAUCAAAGUCAGAGUCAUGGAAGCUAUGGAGGUUACGGUCCCAGUGGAUCAUCUGGUGGAUCUAGUGGUGGAGGUGGUGAUAUUGGACAUAGUUCCCAAGGAGGGUAUGGAGGUUCUUCAAGUGGAGGAGGUGAUUUUCACGGAUUAGGAGGAGGAGGAGGAGGAGGCGAUUUUCAUGGAUUAGGAGGAGGUGAUCAAGGUGGUCAUGGGUUUGGAGGAGGCUUUGGAGGUGGAUUUGGUGGAGGUGAUCAUGGAUUUUCUGGAGGUUCUUCAUAUUCUGGAGGAUUUCAUGGAAUCCAAGGUGGAGAUGAACACAUCAAUAUCCCAACAAAAACCAUCGAAGUAACUAAACCAAUUCCAGUGACGGUUAUCAAAAAAAUUGGAGUCCCAGUUCCUCACCCAGUUGGUGUUCCAGUACCUCAAGUUAUCAAAGUACCAGUUCCACAACCUUAUCCUGUCCACAUUAACGUUCCCCAUCCAAUUCCAGUUCCAAUUUACAAGUUGGUCCCUCAAGAAAUUGAAAAGAAGGUGCCAAUUACCGUAGAAAAACCUGUUCCACACUACAUUGAGAAGCCAUACAAGAUUGAAAUUGAAAAACAUUAUCCUGUUCAUGUUGCCAAACCUUAUCCAGUACAUGUUCCAGUUUAUAAACACAUCUACAAAGAAGAAUCAUCGCAUGGCGGAGGAGGACAUGGUUGGAACUAAUCUAUUUUUUAAUUUUUUUUAAUUCUUGUUGAUUACUUACUUGUUAUUGCUGUGUUAACUAAUUUUAUUUUAUAAUUUUAAUAAUAAACUUGUUCUUUUUUUAA